AGUAACACUCAAAGUUUGUUUAUGGGGAGAAGAAGACCGUCCACGGAAUAACCAAAAGCGACAAAGCUUUACAUUAUUUAUUUUUUUACCAUCAACUUCGGUUGCUAAAAGGUAAAGAUGCCGAAAUCCAUGAAGUUGAAUCCCACAGUUUGCCUUCGACGACUCCAGGAGCUUAAGUGCCAAACGUGUAAUCAGAUCUUCUACACAGAUCUACAGCUGGAAAGACACAAACAAUUACAUUCUAAAGUUAAAAAGCUAUUUCAGUGUGAGAUUUGUGGAUUGACCUCCACUACUCGUUAUUUCCAUCACCUACACAUAUAUUCCCACGGAAGGUAUCCCUAUCAAUGUAACGCUUGUGACAAGUCCUUCCCAAAACUACACAACCUAAAGCGCCAUCAGAGCAUCCAUUGCAAAGGGAAGAACCUCUUGGAUAAGACCUUUUGCCCUCUAGAGGUGUCUGGGACCUCUUCAGGUACCACUCAGAAUGGCGAUCUUUACCCCCGUGUACAUCUGAAGCUUGAGGAUUCAGGGCCUAGCACCGUGUUGUGUUGUGCAGACACGGCCAGCACUUCACUACCAGUGCCCACAACUGCAGUCGACACACAUCUACAGCUGAAAUUAGAAAAAAGUAUCCACAAUAUCGACGGACCCAUUGCUUGUCAGAUAUGUGGGUUGUACUUCACUUCAUGUUAUCUAUUGGAUGAGCACCAACAAAGGCACACUGGAAAAUAUCCCUUUUCGUGCUGCGUGUGUAGCCACAACUUCAAAACAGUGUCAGGCCUCCGGUACCAUGCUCUCCUCCACCAAAAAACACUGAACGUCUCUGACCAACCCUCAUGCCAUUCAGGAACGGCCCUCAUUGAGCCAAAGACGGAGCCGUUGGAGACAGCACUGUCUUCAGAUACCAGCCUGACUUACAUUCUUGACCAUAGUUUACAGCUGAAGCCGGAUCCGGGCAGCGCCGUGUUCUGUGUCGAAGCCCCUCUCAGCAGGCCAUCGUCGUCCCUUCCUUUGAUCACAGCAGUCAACACGCUCACGCCCCACUCUGCUCCCCCUACGCACAGCAAGGAUACGGACACCUUCCUGCCAGCCCCCCGACCCUCCACGGCCCUCACACCUUCAUCUCAGUCUCUUGGGGCCCCGCCUUCCUUGAUGGAGCCAGGCACGCGGACCCCUCCACAGCUCCGCUCAGGGCCCCCACCCGCCAUAUUCUCAUCUUUCAAGCUCACAUCUGCAUUUCUUGAAGUCAAGUGGAAUUAUGAGUUGUUGCAAGAGAGGUCGGCCAGUAAGAAAUAUUAGGAAGCCGUGGUGCGUUCGCCCAAAUGUAGUUUUAUUACAGUUUGGAUUGUGUUAAGUUGUUAAAUGACGCUCGCCGAUACUGGAACAAUUCAGAGGAUCAGUCCAAAAAAUAAAACAAGCAGUUAUAAUUUGAAUCACCACACCACCAACUCUGGUAAGAUUGGUUCAAUCAAUGACACUGCUUAAAUGAAUCACUUUACAGAUACACGUUGAAUGAUAUGAUCCACCAUUGUAUAUUACAUACAUCUUUGAAAGAAAGCCCUCUUUAAAAAAAAUGCAUUUUUCACUGCCCACGCACACAAGAAUUGUAUGCAAAUGUUUUUUUUAAUAACCUUUCACUGUUAUGUGUCAUGGUGGCAUAUGAUCAUUUUAAAUGCUUCUAGGUAUACAUGUGGAAUGAGUGUAUUCGAUUUAAUAAAAUAUUUAUGUAUAAAUAA